GCCAGCAUCUUCCACCUCGGGAUCCUCCCAGAUCGGAUCGAUCUAAUAGACCAGCGCCACAUAGCCUCCUCCUCCAUCCACAGCUGCCCUCCUCUGCUCAUUCUUCCCCGAGCAUGCUUCCCCGCGCAGCAAGUAGGAGCCGCAACCCCUGCUUCCCCUCGUGCUACCCGUGCGCCGCUGCGAGCAGCACCAGCGCCUGCGUCCCCGUCGGCCUUUGGCCCUGCAGCAACCUCGCCAGAGCACCGAAUCAGGAGGCUUUUGCACCAUGGCGUCAAAUGAAGCUUUGUAGCCGCCAUGCCCGACGCCUCCCAGGGAGCUCCUUGCAGCCUUCUGUCCGCUUCGUCUCAUGCCGGACCUCGCCGGAGCAGGACCACUUCAUCCAUGGCGCCGCCCUCGCCUCGUCUCGAUCCGGUGGAUUCGAACGCCAAGUCCUCACCGAACCAGAAGGAGCGAGCUCCAUGGCCACCCGUCCCCUUGCAGCACCAGCCGCCGCUGGGAGUUUCACAUCGCGCCGCCCGGGUUCUGCAUCCUCUGCCGGACCUCCCCUACUUCGCCUUGGUCCGCCGCCACUGCCCAUCGCGUCGUCCUUCGUCAAGUCCUGCGCUGCCGCCGUUCGAGAGGAGGACGACGGAGCCGUGCCCCUGCGUUGACUUCUCAUCGAGACGCUCCAGCCGGCCCAUCGCUUCAGCCCGCCAGCGAAUCCACCAAAGCCCAGCCACCCGCUGCUAGUUUUGUUUUUCCUGCAGGCCUCCCUCUUCAUCUGGUCGGGCCAGGCCCAAAGUGAGCAGCUCCCACCAGCCCAGUUCCCUCAGAUUUCAGCCCAUUUGUUUUUUUCCUUUGUCCAGCGAAUUUUGCAUUUAACGAGUGCAUGCAUAUUACAGAAAUGCCAUUUUCUUGCAUUGCUCAUAAUUAAAUAACUGUGCACCGGAUUAAAAUGAUCUCUAUAUGAAACUUGCUUAGAAUUUCAUCUAGUUUAAUAAUAUGCAACUUUCAUGCAUGUUUAAAAUGUCCAAAAUGCUGUUUGUUUAAAUUUGC